CUAAGAUAAGAUACUGUAUUAAUUGCUAAAUCCUAAGCGUUACGCCAUGGGUCUCAGCAUCUUGGGACACCUUGGCUUUGCCGGUGGCGAGGUUACGUUCAUUGAUCAGGAUGUUGUCGUCUACCUUCACGGUAACGGGUUGGCGAUCUCCGAUUUGACCGAUUUAGCCAACGUUGGACCGACCAAGUUCGUGACAAACAAUCUCGAAUGUCCCCUUGGCAUUUCAGCAUUUACCACUAGCGUCCCCGAACAUCUCGUCGCAUUUGCCCCGCGCUCAGCGGAGCCCUGCAUUCACGUCUUAAAAUACCCUCAGCUGGAUCCAUUAAGUGUUUUAAGAGGCGGGACUGAUCUAGAAUAUGAGAGUAUCGCAAUAUCACAUAAUGCAAAAAUGCUGUGUGCAGUUUCGGGCCCAUUUGAUCAUCACUUGUAUCUAUGGUCUCUUGAAAUUGCACAGACCCUCGCCAAGGUUGCGAUCGGCGGGAACUUGGCAACACCAUGCACUUGGCAUAAUUGCUCAUUCAGUCCAAAGAAUUCUUCUAUGGUAUGCACAGGAGGAAGUUACGGGUUGGUCUUUUGGAAAGUCCAAGUGGUCAAUGACCACAAGUUACAGAGGAUAAACGCAGUAAUCGGCAGUCGAGAGGAUGCGGCGGAAGACGGAAAUGUACUUCUGGAUUCGAUAAGUGCGCAGUGCUGGACGCAGAACAACCUCGUUCUUGCUGUUGGCAGAAGCAGCGUAAUGGAGUUCGAUGCCCACUCUGGGAUCCUCACACGCUUGUUCCCAUUGGCUGUAGCACUACAAGAAUCCUUAUGUUUAUUUGUCACUGCCAUAGAGGAGAUAAUCCUGCUGCUAUUCUCUAACGGGAUAGUUCAAGGUAUCAGGACAAGUACGUCCGGCUCAACUGAAUUUAUGCUGAAUGUAGCUAAAGAGCCUUGUAGCAAAUACUCUUGGUGUAGCUUGCUUCCGAGACGAGAUGGUCUCCUGCUGUCGGGCCCCGGAAGAAUUCAAAUAUUGACUUUAAAUGGUGCAGAUGCAUCAUCCAGUAAAAUUUUUGCAGGCCCAAAUGCUGCAGUCAUCGACUACCACAAUGGGCCGGUCCUGGGAAUGGCCUGUCAGUCGAUAAACGACCCUACGCUUGUAACUGCAGGAGCUGAUGGGGCCUUGGGAGUGUGGACUCGUGAUGGAACCCUUGUUGGAAGGCAUAAAUUCCAAAUCUCUGAUGUGGAUUCGGAGGAUUGUGUGGUCUCAAUUACAUCGAUCACAUCUGCACCAUGCAAUUCAAAUUUUGCAGUUGGGACCUCGAUAGGGUGCAUAUUUCUUCUAUCUGGAAAACCAAAAAGUCAAAAUAAUGUUCUUGUCGAUCUUGUGUCACUUGGCAACUUGCAACUAUGCCGUGAACCAAUAACAAGUGUAAUAUUUCACCCAGAAAAAGACAUCCUGGCUGCAAUAUCAGAGUCUAACGCUUUUAUUGUUGACACAUCUCCUCAGAAGGGUAGCAUUUCGCUGUGUGUGCUUGCACACACCUCUUUUAGCGGUCAUCUCGCUAGCCUAUGCGCAUUGUGGUGUAAUGACUACUUGAUGGUAGCAUUUGCGGGUCAGAGCAUUAUUUCAUACCUUGUUGACUCUGACGCGCACUCACUAAAUGCAGCUUGGAAAUUUGAAACUGACUUUCCUUGCGCCGGAAUGUCAAGACUUAAAUUUGAUUCAAAUGGUGUCACCUUCUUGGCUACAAGCCCAAUCUCCUGUGACAUAAUGGCGCUUGCGUCAUCUGAUGCUAUGUAUAGAAAUGGCAAGUUGGUAGUCUCAAAAAUUGAGUCAAGUCAUGACAAGGGCGUAAUGUGUCUGGGCGUAUCCAAUGGUGGGGAACUUGUGGCCACGGGGGGUGUCGAUGGUAGGAUUGCUUUGUGGCGAGCCUUGACUGAAUCGGGAGUGGAUCUUGUGAAGUUGUGUCAAAUGAAUCUACAUACAGGCCCUGUUGCAUAUACUCAUUUUUCUUUAGAUACGUCUAUUCUCUAUAGUUCCGGUAGCGAUGGGGCUGUCUUUAGUCUUAACAUUUUGGUACCACAAACACUGGCCAUUCCUUCAGAGAGACACAAAGCCGAGCACCCCAAGUUGACUAUUCAGCAUGUGCCAAUACCUGCAAUGUCUUUUCAUCAAGCUACCUGGUGUGAAUCGUGUCAGGAGCAAAUAGAGAAAUUAGCGGCGCUUAAGAUAAAAUCCCAUGAGGCGGCUCAGCGCAGUAUCAUCGCAAACUUGCGCAGUCGACUGUUGGAAUUGGUAGCGAAGAAUAACGAUGCAUGUUUGAAUGAAAAACUCGAACGCAAUGAGUUUAUCAUUGACCGCGCGAGGCAUCGACAAGUCUUGACCGCAAGUCAACGGAAAGCAAAUGAACUGGAGAAACAACUGAGGGUCGAAAAGCAAGCUCGUGAUGUUAUAUCCGCUCGGAUAAGACAUGACUGUUGGGACUGCAUGGAAGUGCAGGCAACUGAAUGUCACUCUUUUCUUACCCCUAGAUUACUAACUUCAAACUUUCCACUUAAGCUGCGCGCUGACAAGCAAAAGCAUUGUCUAGAAUGUGUCUGUUUUCUACGGAAGCUUGCACUGCGACAAAGUGCAUCAUCGAUAUCUUUGAGUUUGGACUCGUCGGUGCUGUCACGUAGACUUUCACACAAUAUCUCCUGGAUGGUCAAUCAGGGCAAGUUGCUACCUUCACUCGAUCUAAUAAACAUUGAACAACACGACAGCAUAGCAUCAAUAAAACUUCUUGACGGGGCCUUGGAGAACGAUGGAAAUGAUGAUGAAGAAGCAAGGCUCUCAGAAGAAGCUUGGGAUGAAAAUCUAACUACCACCCAACUUUAUCAGCCCAUUGCGCUCCACACUUCAAUUCAGAAGAGAAUCCAAUGCGUCUUGGUAGGCGAAUUACUUCGCCAAGCGCAAGCUGAUUUCAAUUUUCGAUUCGGCUUGCUUCAUGAUGAAAAGCGCAUCGAACUAGGCCGCAUCCUGGAGAAGACAGACCGACUCCAGGGGAUCUGUGGAGAGUUGGGCAUUAUGGAAGAUUACUUUAAGCACCAAUUCGCUGUACCAGAAGAGACACCAGAGGUGAUGAUCCAGGUUGACAAAUCAGAAAUCUACAGCAGCACGCCAGAAGCUACUACAUGCAUGGUACGUAAGAGCACUGGACUAAAUGCUGAUAACACAGAUGAUUACCAUGCAAGCAAACGAGCCUUAGAGGAUAUGAUGUAUGGUACCCUCGAAACAAAAAAAGAGACUGAUAGACUUCAAACUGUCCUGCAGGCCCCAAGUUGGAUAGACGACCAGAACCACGAUGAUUUGACGAGUGAGCAAAAGAAGGAGCUAGAAGAAUUCGAAACUGCGAAGGGGCUUCUUGCGCAGCAACAAGCAAAAUAUCGAAAGGCGCUCGAGCUUGAGUUCAAGAAGCUUCGUACUGAAGUUAGUGAUAUCGCAUGCAGUUUUGAUGAUAAGCUUAAGCGCCUUGCCGAUCAUCGGGUCUUCAUAAUGAACUUUGUAACAACACAGGAGCUCUACUCCAGCCGCAUGUGCGUUGGUUUACUUAAAAAUGAAGCUCGACUAAUUACCCUGAGUCGACUGGGCUCUCAAAUAUCUACGCUGAAUCUCAAAAAGGAUUGUCAAGCAGACAUCGUGACUAGUAGCUUAUCGUUGGUCAGUGCAGAAUCUGAUAGGCUUAAUAGGCUUCAAGCAGAGGAUAAAAAUAUUGAUCGUCACUUGAAGCGUGACCUGCAAGUUGAGAAACAAAUGGUCCAAGAAGAUAUUAAGCUCGUACUUAGCUAUUUUAGACGGAAUAAUCUAUCACUAGAAGAAAAGCCUGAUGACUGGAGGUUCGACGACACCACAUGGCAAAUGCUCUUAUCCUCGCGCAAACACAAAGUAGCCAAGGAAGCAAUGAUAAGUGAUGCAGCAGAAACCUUAGGCAAUCUGAAAGCAAAGCAUGCGAACUCUCUAGUGGUCUUUGGAGAUAUUGAACAAGAAAUUGUCAAGCUUCGCAAACGGCAGGCAAAAAUAAGAGCUGAACUUGCAACGUCUGAAGUAAAUUGCGAGAUUUUGGUUCAAGUUAGGCAAGGACAGAAUGAAGUUGACGCGGAAGCCGCAGUCACAGACUACUUCGAUGCAAUAUUUCUGCCUGUGGAAACAAUACAGGGGAUAAAUCAAGUGAUUACCCAGCUAGGAACGGAGCAAAUCAAAACCUUGACCAAAAUCAAACACUUCAGGAAGUCAAUCAACUACAUGGAAUGGGAAAGCUCAUUCUUGAAGGCACAAUCUCAUGAUCUCGAAGAAUACUACACAGACUUGCAGCUGCUGCAUGUAACAAAAAGUCUACAGUCUGUUCUUAAGGGCAAUCAGAGUACCACGGCAGCACCAGAACAAAUAGCAAGAGAAGAGGCGAGAAUUAGUAUACUGAUAAAAGCAAAUGAGAAGAAACUUAGUACAUUAACCAAUACAAACUCAAAACUCGUGCAGCAGAUACAAGCCCGUGAAGACGAAAACAAGCGCCUUCACCUUCAGCUCAACCAGAUUAAUGAUGCAAUCAUCGUGCGGGAAGCUAUUACAAGGUCACAAUUGAAUUCCUUUACUGAAGAAGCAAAUGCCGAGCAACGUACUAGAUACCAUAUGAAGCGAAUUACGCUGCGGCGAAGAUUAAUUGACUUGGUGCGUCUCAUCGCCUAUUUUUUUGUGUAUACUAUCAGUGAGUAACCUUUCGAGUAAUAGGCAAAGUUACAAACCGAAGAAGUCGAGUUUUUGAGACAAGAGCUAGAUAGGCUCAGGCAGCGAACAUUCCCAUCGUUCGGCCAUGCAACGCGCGACCGACACAUGGCGCUGUCAGACUCACAUUGAUGCAGCCGGCAAUCCCAACGACGCCAUCUCGAACUUGAACUAACAGUGCAGGGUAUAUUCGAAUCGAGGGAUGGCUUCAAAACAGUCUCCCAGUCUUCGACGACGUCGUGCCUCUGGACGAGCGCAAACGGGCUGUUGAAUUGAGCGAUGAAGACAAACCCUACGAUUACACAUAGGACCUGGCGGAUUUAAGAAACGCUUCGAGGCGAAAAAGCAACAAGCCAAGAAGAAACCGGUGUCGAAACCUGCCAAAAAGCCGGAGCCGGGGGGAAACGGGGUCGUGAAGCUAAGUUCGCCGUGAGCGAAAGGUCAAGGUGCUCUGGGGAAGUGGUUGGUACAAUGCUCAAGUCGUCGAGAACAAAGGCGGUUAUUUGAUCAAUUAUUUGCUUGAGGACGGUGAGCAAGAUACCCAAAAAAGCGUCCCAGUGGCGUGCAUCCGCAAGCCCAAGAAGACGAUGAAGAAGAAGAGGACGAUUUGGAGGAGGACGAGGGGGGCGACCCGGCGGCCAACCGCGCGUGGAGGCAGCCCACUAAAUAGACCCACCCCUCUGUCAUAUCCGAUAGGCCAGCGUCCUCCUCCGGUUGCGUUAUUUCUGUUCUAGGGACCUCGGGGACCCCCGGGGGUAGUUUAUACAAAGUACUACUACUGGUAUAAGUACAAGUACUAUCUUG